AAUCACAGAAGCAGGUACGCUAUUGUUCCGUGGGAGAGAAGGUGAAACGAGUUUAAAUUUUUUGAGAAUGGUUUAACGGCCGGACUGCUCGCUCGGGUUGAAUCGGCUCUCGGCCGAGUAUGCACGAAGGAAUCUGAAAGGAAAACGCGCGCCAGACGGUGUUUGUGCGUCGAGCUAACUGGAAGUUUCUGUGCCAAGCCGGUUAACAAAAUUGCGUCCCGUACAUCGAGGAAACAAGUGCAUAUAGUGUGAUUUUGUUGGUUUAAAAAAAAAUAUAAUUGAAAGAAACAGUGACAGGGAAACAGUUAGUGUGAAUUUUUUUAAGUUGUGUAUAGUGUUCUUCGCAGAAGCCAUAAACGAGCAAUCAAUAUCGAUUCAAGAUGAUCUUCCGGGCCGGUUUUUUCAUCGCACUGCUUUGCAUCACAUUCGCUAAAGCGCAACUAGGUAGAACCGUAGAGAUAGAGCCGAAAAAUCAAGCAGCAGUUCGAGUUGGAGAAAGUUUGCGAAUUCGAUGCCGUAUACCAGCGCCUCUUGGUCAUUGCAGAAUUGAAAUUCCAAAUGAAGGAUCGUUGGUAAUUGGGAAUACUGAAAAUUACUCGAACGAGAAUGUCAAAUAUCUCGGCACUGGACUUGACAAAGGAGACUGUGAUAUUUUAAUUACGCGAAUUAAAGAUAGCAACGAUGGUAUCUUUAAAUGUUCACUUUUACCGAAAGACAGUGGUUACGAAGCGGAAGGAACCACGCGAAUUGUCAUUGCCAAACCACCCCGACAACCUCAAUUGCAGUUGAGUCCAAGUGCAAGUGGUGGUCGCAGUUACAAGCGAGGGGAAAAAUUGGAGAUUUACUGUAAUGCCUUUGGUGGAAAACCAUCAGCCAAUGUCAGCAUCUAUCUCGGGGAUGAGAAAUUGAGUAGCGAGGAUAGGUAUUCUCAAUUCUACGGAAAUUCUGAAUCGGAUCAGGGUAUGCAAAAUGUGACCAAAAGCUUAGAAUGGACCGAUCACGGCAAAGAAGUGAAAUGCAUUGCCACUCACAUUGCUCUCGAUCGACCCCUAGAAUCACAAAUGAUACUCGAUGUUAACUUCCCACCACAACCACAAGUUGUAAAGGAGCGUUUUGGCUACGUCGUUGGACAACAAGGAGUCGUGAACGUGACCAUUGAAGCAAAUCCUCAACCUUAUUUCACGUGGAUCGUCGGUUCGGAAUCAAUUCAAGCGGGAGCAGCGGACUCAACAAAUCGACUACAGACAAACACUCCCAUUGAAGCGGGAAAAGGAAGAUGGACCGCAAUUUUAACAAUUGACAGCGUACAAAAAAGCGACACUGAGAAGAGAUAUCUCUUGAACGCAAAGAAUAUGGAGGGAACUGAAACCUACGAAAUCAAAAUCUCCACUUCCGCCGAACCACCAGGUGUAGACCUCGACGCUGGAUCGAUUAUUGGAAUCGUUAUAGGAGUGGUUAUUCUAAUUCUCGCAAUAUUCCUUGUCAUAUUUGCCCGAGCAACUGGUCGCUGGUGCUUUGCAGGUGGUAGGCCAUCGAGGAACAUUGGUGAAUCAGACUUAGCGGAUCCAGCGGCGAGCGUUAAUCUACUUCGCUUCCACAAACCAAAAACAGACGAUACCAAUGGGCGAAGAAGCGAUACAGAAAGUGCCGGCCGAUAUUCCCGAAGCGAAGUUGACAACUCAUCAUCAGGUAGACGACGACGACCUAAAAUUACCUUCUCACAACUUUUCAAACGUAACAAGGACAAAGUUUCCGGCGCCGAUACCGAUACAGUGAGGACGAAUGUCACUGUUGAUGAUGAAAAGCAUCAAACACUGGAGAUGACAAACGAAACGGCUAAAACUGGUAAAGAGGGUUUGGUUUAUGCUGAACUUGAUCUCACUCAACAACAAGUGCCACAAGAAGGAACUCGUCGUGUCAACGAUGAUAAAACAGAAUACGCCGAAAUUUUGUACACGAAACCCGAGACCGAAGAAACAGCAGCAACAACACCACCACCAUCAUCAACAAAAUAGUCUCAUCAGCACAAUACAUUGUGAUCUCCACGAAAAAAAAGAAAUUAAGUCCCUAGCUUUACAGAGAUUUCUAAUUAAAUGUACAAUUAUUGAUGUUGAUUUUUGUGAAUGGUGCAAGUUUUUUUGUAUUAAGUAUUUUUUUUAGUUUUUUUUUCUUUUGUAUAAGUAAUUAGUGAUUCAGCACAAACCAAGAGAUACCGAAAAAAAAUAGAUGAAAUAGAAGAGAGAAAAAAAAAUCGAUCAAAACUUGAAUUUUAAGUUAUUUUUCGGUACAGUAAUUAUUAUACUUUAAAAUUAAAAUACGAAUUAAUACCAGAAAUGAAAUUAA